AUGAACGCAAAAGAAAAAACUAAUUCAAUUUGUUGUCACCUCAACAAUAUUCUCCGGGAAACCUACUACGAACAAAUUCAUGGUAAAAAAGGUUACUCUUUGGGCUAUUAUACUACUUAUUAUUACUUAUUAAAAGAGUAUAAAAAAGCCGGGCAAUUAUGUGCUAAUUGUCAAGACUUUGCCAAAAAAGACAUUAUCCGAACCGAAGAAAAUGAGGAAGAAGAAACAAUUUAUACUCUCCACCCCGAAGUCAAAAAUAAAUAUUCCCUCAGUUCCGAGCCAGAAUUAGUUGAGGUUUUGACUAAUUUAAUUGCCAGUAUUGACAAUAUUCCUUAUUAUUCCUCUUCUAAUAUGUACUCCUCACUAGAUGAGCAAGAUGAGAAUCAUUAUCCUUUACCAGAACUAACUAAUUUGAACUUAGCCAAAAUAUUUAAUGAUUGGACGAAAACAGUUACUCGUUCGGAACGAUUAAAAGCCGCUUUAAGUGAGGAUCAGGUCAUGAUGAAAUUCUUAUUAGAAGCGGCUAUUAGCCUUAAUUAUGAUCUGAUCAAGAGAAAAGGAGAUGAGGAGAAAGAGGAUUUAAAAAAACAAAAAGAGCUGGUUGAUAAAUUAUUAACGGCUUUUGCUGAAGAAACAACUAAUAGAAAGCAAAAAGAAGAGAAAAGUAGUUGA